AUGCACAGAGUGGGCCCAAUGGAUCUUCCACCUCCUCCGCCCCUUCAGCCGAUUCAAUCUUUGCCUCCGUUGGCUCAACAAACAAGCGACAUGGCCACCACGCAAUUAUUGUCCGGCUUUUUCAACGAAUACUCCUCUACAGCAACCCUCGGCUCCAGUCAAUCGGGUUACGCCGACUUCGGGACUAUGUUGAACAAGGGCCAGUACACAUCGCCGGUCGACUACUUCGACAACUCACCCGGUCCUAGCGAGGGCCAUUGGGAGCCCAAGUAUUACGGGGGGAGCCUACCCCCACCUCCUCCGCUGCACCACGAGCAGCCCCAGCCCCAUCAGUAUUCCGGAUUGCCCCCGAUGUCGAGUUUCAAUGAAUACCCGCCCCAUUCACCUCAGAUGACUCCGAUUUCGGCGCAAUCCUCCCCGCUGCCCCUGUCGGCUGCGCAGGUCGGCAGCGGUACAAACAUGCCCAAUAAACUUUAUGUAGACUACGGGGCUCCCAACGUGUCCCCACCCCCUAGCUGGUCUCAGCCGCCACAGCAGAGAAUGCACGUCCCUUACGGUCCGACUGAUAGCGCCGUGCCCACAGGAAACGAAUUAGUUCCGAACCACGUAGGCGUUAUCAUGGAAGAACGCCUCGAUGAUGCUAUGAACGUAUUAAGGAAUCUUGCCGAAGCGACGAGUCCCCAACAUCCCCCGCCGCAGUACCCAAUGAGUCCCAAUUACGCUGGAGCGAGUAGCCCGAUCGAAUUGAAACCGCCCGCCUAUCCCGGAACCGGUCUCAAGGUCGAGGUUAAGGAGGAACCUGGAGCGAAACGUUCGAAAACCUCUAGCCCCGCCCUAACCCCGACUUCUCCAAGUUCAGCGAAUGUCAAAGUUGCCAAGCGGCAAAGACCUGCGCCCGUGGCGACGAAGGCCCUCACCGUCGCGAACGUCAACUGGGCGUCAGGGACAAACUCAAACUCGGCCUUGGGUCCCGGCUCGAACUCCGGGGGCGAUGCGUUUUCCGUCUCCGACGACGGACUGGACGAUGAUCCUGAAACUAAGGCAGAAAGAGAACGUGGCCGACGGCAGGCAAAUAAUGCACGCGAAAGAAUUCGUGUGCGAGAUAUCAAUGGUGCUUUCAAAGAGCUGGGUAGAAUGUGUAUGCUUCAUUUGAAGUCGGACAAGGCCCAAACCAAGCUCGGUAUACUUCAUCAGGCAGUUGAAGUUAUAACCUCUCUGGAACAGCAAGUCCGCGAACGGAACCUCAACCCUAAGGCAGCUUGCCUCAAACGACGUGAAGAUGACAAGAAUGACGAACCGCGACCUCCCCCUCAACAUCUCCUUGGAGGAGGACCGAUGACGGAAUCUCCGAUGUCGAAUUGCCCGACACCUUCGUGGCUCGACUAUGGAGCUAGCCCGCAAGCCACCGGUGCGGACUCCAAGCAACACCCUCACGCGAUGCUUGGCGUCUCUCCGGGUGCUAACACUGCGAAUAGCCAAAUGCCUCAUCAGGAUCCCAACAGUAUUUAG